CGCCUCCGUUAGUAUGCGUAGAUCCGUGGACAGGUGAUCUCAGUAUGUGGCUGAAUAGAUUCCAAUACGGAGGCAUUUUUAAGAAGCGAUGGGGAGAGCGAAUUGGCAACGAAACGGUAGCACAUGGACUUUCCGGGAGUUCAGUUCUGACCAAGCUGCCAGAUGCAGGGCUCGCUUCGAACCGGAAUCCAGAGUCGGGCUCGGAGCUUCCAACCGAGGGUGCAUUGGGUACGGCAUUGCUAGGAAAGAGCGAUGUGGGAUUUCUGAUGCCACUGAAUCAAGGACGGGCCGCAUUGUUUGACCAGUUCACAAUGAACGUUAGAGCUGCGAUCGAUUCUGAUGAGAUCGGUCCGAAGCAGAUUGUGCCGUUUUCCGUAUCGAGUCUUCUUGCAGCACGCUUCUUCCAAGCACGGAGCUGGCAUCCAGAUGUAGUCUUCCUGGAUUCGGCGCACGAGGCUGAUGAGACGUACAUCGAGCUCUGUCUGUGGUGGCGCAUCCUGCCACCUGGUGGGAUUCUGCUAGGCGAUGAUCUACUGUGGGAUGCGGUAAGGAAGGAUGUGAUCCGAUUCGUCGAGGAGCGUGAUUUAGAGUCCCACUUCAUGUUGACGUCCGUGGAUUGGCGAAGUAGCAGUGGGAAUAGGGAGGAGGAGCAAGUUCGGCAGUGGAUUUCUUCGUGGGAAACUAUCAAGUACUCCAGAUUCACAAUGCUCUUCACAAAGUAUCUACAAGCCGAAGGGAACGACGACGUGUGGUUCAUCCAGAAGCCAGGGCGCUAG